CUGGCUUUGUACGCGGAACCGCCUGCCGGUCCUUUAACAAUGGGCGGCGCGAGCGCCCCGGCGCUGGGCCCGAGCUGAGGCCGGCGCUUCGCUGCCGUGUCUCCGCGGCAUGCGCGGGGUCGGCGUUCCCCGCACGCCGGCGGGACGGGGGCUGUGAGGGCUGCGGUGACGGACCAGUGGCCGCGUCUGGCCCGGCGCGCCGCCCGCGCCCAUGGAGCUGGAGGGACAGUGGUGGCGGGGACAGCUGGCUGCGGACAUCCACCAGGCGCUGCGGUACAAGGAGCUGAAGUUGCCCUCUUACAAAGGCCAAUCCCCUCAACUAAGUCUCAGAAGGUAUUUUGCUGACUUGAUUGCAAUUGUGAGCAAUCGUUUCACUCUCUGCCCUUCUGCCCGACAUCUUGCUGUGUAUUUGCUGGACCUGUUUAUGGAUCGGUAUGACAUCUCCAUCCAGCAGCUGCAUUUAGUUGCACUUUCCUGUCUGCUUCUGGCAACCUAUUGUCCUCUAAGAUCCAGACACAUCAUCUGCUCCUCUCCCUUCUACCCAGAAAGCCAGACAGGUAAAUUUGAAGAAAAAGAAGAUAGUGUGCCUAAGCUGGAGCAGCUCAAUAGUUUGGGUUGUAUGACUAAUAUGAAUCUAGUAUUAACAAAACAGAAUUUGCUACAUAUGGAACUAUUACUAUUAGAAACCUUUCAGUGGAACCUCUGCCUCCCAACUGCUGCCCAUUUCAUUGAGUAUUAUCUCUCUGAAGCAGUCCAUGAAACAGAUCUUCAUGAUGGCUGGCCAAUGAUUUGCUUGGAAAAAACUAAACUCUACAUGGCCAAAUAUGCAGAUUACUUCCUGGAAGUAUCUUUACAAGAUUAUGCCUUUCUAAAUUAUGCACCUUCUUUAGUAGCUGCUGCAUGUGUGGCUUCUUCAAGAAUUAUUCUUCGUCUUUCUCCAACGUGGCCUACAAGACUGCAUCGUCUUACUGCUUACUCCUGGGAUUUUUUAGUACAGUGCAUUGAACGGCUAUUGAUUGCUCAUGAUAAUGAUGUGAAAGAAGCAAACAAACAGAGAGGACAGACAGGACCUCAGCCAGCACAACUCAGUGUGUUCCAGACAGCCUCCCAACCUGCAAGGCCAGUCCACUUUCAGCAACCUCAGUAUCUCCAUCAAACGCAUCAGACCUCAUUGCAGUAUCGCCAUCCUGUGUCAGAUCAACCGAGCUGUCAGCAGAUCGUAUCGACCACACACACCUCAUCUUAUACACUACAGACAUGUCCUGCUGGCUUCCAAACUAGUGUUCAGGGCCUAGGGCAUGUGCAGACUGGUGUUGGGAUGUCACUGGCAAUACCAGUAGAAGUUAAACCUUGUCUGAGUGUUUCUUAUAACCGGAGUUAUCAGAUAAAUGAACAUUAUCCUUGCAUUACUCCGUGCUUUGAAAGGUGAUUCUAUGCAAAGGGAUUACCUAACCCAGACAGUUUUGUGACACGAAGAUCUGGGGUAAGCUUUUUUGUAAACGCCUCUUCAAAAGGAAAGGGAUCCGAAGGACAUCUUUGGAGUUCUUCAGAUACCAACACCAAGAAGACUGAAUAUCUCUUUUAAAGCACCGUGAAUUACCUGGAGAAUUAACUAUACACUGCAGUCACUUCUAACAGUGUGUAUAUCAAAACCUGAUGUAACUAUUCCGCAUGUCAAAAAUUUCCAAGCCCUAGCUGAUGGUCCAAUAUUUCAGAAAUACACAGUACAUCAGAAAAUUUGGACAGAUCCCAAUUUGCCAUUUUGAUAUUUGACCUUUGGUAAGCUCUGGGCCUAUUGAUUACUACAUCAUAGACUAGUGUUUCUUCUGUGGUUCUGUGGACUUGCCAAACAGUUUUUUUAUGAAGGAAAUUUACAGUAUUAAUUUUUGAAGAGCUUUUUUUUAUUCUGCAGUUUUGAGUUAUAUUUUUGAUCUACAGAUGAAUUUUUUACUAAGUUUAAACUCAUCAAUUGCUAUGUUAUAUCAGUCUGUGCAGUAAGAAAAAAAAUGGAUGAUUUUAUUUAACUUCCUAUCACAGAUAGUGUAGGUGUCUGGAUUUAUGUACUAAAACUAAGAGUGAGGGAGUAGAUCUCUUAAAAUCAUGGUCAUAAAUCUUUGUUGGUUUUCUUUUUACUUUUUCCCUAAGUGAUCAACCUCAAAUCUUUAGAAUUAAAACACAUUUAACUCAGGGAAUUUGUACUACUUGCAAACACUUAACUGUAAUGCAACAUACUUUGGGAAUGUUAUAGAAUGAACUACCUUUAUAACAUAGGUUAAAAUACUCCUGCUAGUUGUUUUCAGACAAAAACUUUAUAGCUUACAGUGAAUCACAUGGUGUUUCCUGUCAUUCAUAAUACAUAUAUAGGUUUUGCAUUUGCAUUUUUCAGUGCAAUCAAUGAUUUAUACCAGUAUUUGAUACUACUCAAAAAAAGUUUUUGCAAGGAAAGGUAUAAUUUUUAAAAUGUCAGUACUAGAAUAAAGUUCUGUAGGGUUUUUGAUUUUUUUUUUUUUUGAGUGGAGUGUGGCCAGGGUAGUUCUCAGGUUGUGCUAGAGCAGCACUUUGCUAUGUGAAAUACAGGUUUUAUAAGCAACCUUUGAAGCCAACUAGACAGUAUAAGCAGGCAAAGGUACUGUUGAUUUAAAUUUCUGUAGCCACUUUCAUUGGAUUGGCCCCAGAACUGCCCAAGGACAUUUCACUGUACUGGAAAUGAGUGAAAACAUCAAUAAUCAUUACAACAAGGGCAAUUUGGGGAUAAAGAGUUUGGGAGAGGAAUAAACUUUAAAAACUAAGGAAUUAGUUUUGUGCUCUUAUCUGUGGGAAAAGAGAGACUUGGUGGAGGGGAACUUUCUGAUUUAAAAAUUAGUGAGGUGUGUCUUCAUUUAUGUUUUUCUAAAAGAUAGCACUUGAAUAGUAGGGAAACUGCAUGGCAGGUAUGUGACUGCCCAUUAUGCAUUGAAGAGAAACUUAUUAAGAUGUGGGUAUGCAGCAUGAGUCUGGGUAAUCAAGCCAGUGGCUGUUGUUAGGAAGGAACUCAGCAUAGUAAUGGAUUGAUCCAGAUGGCUCCAUUGGAUGUAUGUGGGGAUGAAGGGAGCUUCUGCCAGCAUGAAUUCUUCCGAGAAUGUCCUUUCCUUAAAAGAAAAGUAAUUCCUAAUUAGAAUACAUAGGGCAUGAUAUGGGUGUAUUAGUCUGGUAGACAAAACAAACCACUCAGGUAAGAACAUUCACUAAAGCGGUUUUCAAGCAUGAAAAUUGUUUUCUAAAAGUGUCAUCACUUUUCUUCUAAGAAGGCUGCUAAUUGGAAUUUAGUCGUUCUUACUUUAAGAAAACUUGAAUUAUUUGGGGGAAAGUGGAUUCAAACGAGAACAUAUCUUUCAGAUUCAGAACCCAGCAACCUGGAGUCCAACUUUCAGUAUUUUAACUACCUCAAUAAUACUAUGAAUGUAAGAUACUGGGAUAGAGAUCCCAACUUGAAACAACAACCGGUGCCUAUGGUAAUAUAAUGUCUUGUCAAAUGCUUUUAUUGAUUGGUUUAAUGUCAUUCCUGUUAUAGAAGAGUAUGCCUUUUUUAAAACCUUAUUAAUAACACUUUCCCAAUUUAUAUUUAAAAAAACAAAAGAACACUGGAUUAAUUAAGGGGGGGAGAAUGAAAUUAUUAAUUGGUUACUAUUGCUGCAUACCCAGAGGUGGGAGGUGGGGGUAGUUGGAGAACCAGAACUAUUUUUAAAACAUUAGUUUUCAAUAUAAAUACAACUCACAAAACUGUUAGCUUGUGGGAGCUAAAGGGGGUGGGGGAUUGUGUGGGUUUUGUUUUCUUUUAAUUUAUUGAUUAGCCUUUAAAGUAGGUUUGUUUUUGAGAUUACUGGACCAUCAUUAAAUGUACUGUGAAGAGAUUCAAUGAUAUGUAUCAAGGGCUUUACCAAAGUCCACUAAAUAAACACUACUCAAGUAUAGAAUGCAAACCAAAAUGUAUCUGUGUUACAAUGUUAAUUGCAUAUAGUAUGGUGCUAAAGUCUACACCAGUGGAAUUAGAUGAGUGCUAUGCACUUAAUUUUUUAAAUAAAACUAGU